AUGAAGCCCCUCUAUGCCACGGAUCCUGAUUUUUCAAGCUUUUGGACGCAAUGUGCAAAUGGUAUUCCUGCUGCUGAUUUCAGCAUACGCCAUGGCUUCCUGUUUAAAGGGAAUAGUCUAUGUAUUCCCAACUCAUCGUGGCGUCAACAGCUCAUCAAAGAAACUCACUCCGGUGGACUGGCCGCGCAUGUCGGGCGUGAUAAAACACUAGCACAGCUGCAAAUUCGGUUCUAUUGGCCGCGGAUUGCUCGCGACGUAGCUAAAUUCGUCGAGAGAUGUUCUGUUUGUCAGUCUUACAAAGGCAUAGCACAAAAUACGGGAUUAUAUAUGCCAUUUCCCACCCCCGACUCCAUCUGGGAAGACCUUAGCAUUGACUUCGUUCUUGGCCUCCCCAGAACGAAAAGUGGCGUGGAUUCAAUUAUGGUCAUCGUCGACCGAUUUUCGAAGAUGGCUCACUUCGUGGCAUGUAAGAAGACCUUUGAUGCUGUUAACGUCGCUCGCCUAUUUUUCAAAGAAAUUGUACGCUUACAUGGGCUGCCCCGUAGUAUCACCUCAGACCGCGACGUCAAGUCUACGGGCCAUUGUCCCUUCAAAAUAGUCUAUACAAAAAUGCCAAAUCACCUGAUUGACAUUGCCGUUCUUCCCAAGUGUCGAAGUACCUCAGCCACUCAGACCAUAGAAAGCUUUCAGAAUAUCCUCCAGGAAGUCCACUCCAAACUGGAUGAAUCCAAUCUGAACUACAAGAAACGAGCGGAUGCUCACAGGAGGCACAAAACGUUUAAUCCAGGUGAUUUGGUGAUGCUUCGUGUUCGCCGAGAACGUUUUCCGACAGGUGAUCGCCGACGUUCGCUGAGAGGAACUCCUUCAGGUUGGUAUCAGAGCCAACGUUGGACGAUGGCUGCAGAGUCUUCACACAGAGUUCCUGACGACGAUCGGAGCUUAGACGCCUUGUGGGCAACGCAAGUUAGCAUCGCUCGGCAGUUGAAUGAACUGAGAGCGGACUUCCUCCGCAUCUCCACGGAAUUGCGCAAUGAGAUGCUAGAUCUCAGAGCUUCAGUUAACACUGUCCCCGAUCUGGUUCCACCACCACCUGCGGCCAUUCCAGCGCCGCGAGUUCCCUACGGUCGAGCCGAUCUUCGUCGGCCUCCUCGACCUACAUUGCCCGAAAUUACAGAUUCUGAAGGUGAAGUUGAUUUUCCAAACUACAGAGACCCUUUCGGUUCAGGAGACGAAGAACAACUUCGAUAUUACGAACGGCCUCGCCAUCAUGGCCGUCAUCACAGUAAUCCGGGUGAGUUCCGUGUCAAAUUAGACAUUCCCUUUUUCGAGGGACGACUUCACAUUGAGGAUUAUCUUGAUUGA